AUAUUAUGAGUGUUACGCAUGGCAUUGAUCCAGAACUCAGUGCCUUCUGGCAGGAUAAGGCGCAUUAUACUGAAGCAGAGAGCUCAGUCACUCUCACGCAGCAGCAGGACAGUGUGGUCGCGCAAUAUGCAUUUUGGCAAGAAAAACAGUGUCCUCGUUGGCCUUCUUGGCGCCCUUCGCUUACUCGGAGGAUUCCCUUACGCGUUCAAAUCCACCGAGGAUGGAAAAAGGAUUAAGAUUAAGAAAUCCAUCGCAGCCAUUUUAUGGACAUGUCUGAUUGUGAGCGCACUCGUGACCUUGUCGCUGUCUUCGCUCGCGAACGCGCCCACCAGAGAAAGUAUGACAGAGAAUUGGACAACUCACAUUGUUAACUACUUGACAUAUGGUUCGUCUGCAUUGCUUUUCCUUUAUCUGGCACUGAGAAGCUCCAAGCUAGCUUCUAUUCUGAGAAACCUCUCCAGGAUUAACGUGAACGCGAAGUGGUCGCUGGUUGACCGGGCGGACUUCAUACACGGGAUGUGCUUCCUUGGGGUCGCGGUCGGCAUUCUCUUCUGCACCUACUGCAGCGUUCGGGACUUCGCUGCUCGUCUCCGUGAUGGCUCAGAGAGUCUCUUCUACCACAUCCCUGUAACUGUGCUUGAUCCUUUUAUCGAGGUCACGUCAAUCACCUUCGGACUAUUAAUGUAUUAUAUUCUUAAAGUUGUUGGUCUCGAAGCCAUGGAUGUAAUUAUGACAAGUUCAGCACACGAGCUGCAUCACCCUAACAACAGAUCUGUUUCUUCUUGUCAGCGACACAAGCGGGUCAUUCCUGAUAAGUCAUGUCCUCCUGCGACGCCAUGCACCAUCUCUGGCAUGGUGGCGGUGCCCCUGGAAGAUGUCGUGGCCUCUCGCGCCGCCCAUGCCCCUCGACGGCUAGUUGUCCUGGACGAAGUGGUCACGGAGCUGCUGGAGUACGCAGGGCCCGUGCUCCUCCUGGUGCUGCUCACUGCUGCCUUCAACGCGACCAUCAUGCUGUUCCUAACCUUCCGAGGGUCGCCCUUUGGGGGGUACUACGCUUCGUACGCGUCCGUGAAGCUGCUCCUGAUCCUGCACGUGGCCUGCUUGCCUGACUUCCUUCUGCAGGCUCGCGAGAGGGCUCUCAGACACGUGCGAAAACAGCUGGCCGCUCUGACAACCACACUUGAGCCUGAGGAUAGGAAAGGGGCAUUGCUGCGGGUCGUGGAGCGAGUGCUCGAGACCGCGCCGGAGAUGUCGGUGUGUCAGCUAUUCACGCUCGAGCGACACCUGAUGCUGCCUAUGGCGGCCUCUGUUUUAACCUUUUUGUUUUUCACGGCGCAGUUCGGCCUCUACGAGGAUCCGCUCUCCGAGUCUGAGAACGCCACGUGCCCCCCCUAGGGACCCAUUCCCCUCAACGCGCCCUCUCACCCAUGGGCCCUUGCUCCUCUUCUGACUAAUCCCCCUUAGGGGCCCUCGCCCCUCUGCACCCCUUUCUCCUGAGGAGCCUCCCCCUUUACGGUUUAGCAGACACCUUCGCCUCCCUCAUGAGCCCCAAUCUUCUCUGCGAGAGUCAGCAGAAAAGGUUGGCUGUCCCGAACCAACGAGUUCCGAAGCAACACGGGUGAUUCAGGUCCCUCGGGGAUCAUGGAUUCUUCCGGGGAAGAAGUAACUCUAGGGCGACUGCCUGGAUGGCUGUCCCUAAAUUUGCUUUGGUCGAUAAGGACAUCUAGUAUGUUAAAGG